GAUUACAUAUCAAUUACAUUGUUAAAACUGGUACUUAAUGCCAUUCAAAUAGAUUUUCAUUGAAACAUGCAAAAGUAGAAGGAGAAGCGAUUAAUCUACAGGAGUCUGCAGUUGCUUGUAAGUGUGUUUAUUUCAUUGUUUUACUUUGUUGUAGAGUAGUAUUCAUAGCUAGACUUGUGCUGUUUGUUUACUGGCUUGAACUUGUGUCGCUUAAACGUGUGUUGGUGUGUGUGCUAUUUUGUUUUGACUUGUCCCAGGGUAUUCAUUGCUAGAUUUAGAGUUGUUUGUCCAAUGUGUGUAAAACCAUCAUUGUUUUUAGUAUCUAGAAACAGUGCUUCUCUUGUUUUAGAGUAUUAUUUAUUGCUAAAGUGUAGCAUAAUUUAUUUGCGGUGUACUGAAGUCGCGUUUGUUCUCGCACUUUUCACCUUGCGUGACCCGUAGUUUCAGUUGCCCACGUGACUAACUUUGUGCUAACUAGCAUUAAGGCGUGUCCUGCUUUUUUCACUGUACGGCUCAUUAGCAUCAUGUAUAUAUUUGAGUUGAAUUCUGACACGGCAGCGGAAGUGGUAGCCCUCGUGUAAAGCCCUCCUCGUGUGAAGACCUACUUGUGUAAAGACCAGCGAGUCUACCUGUGUGAGUCCACCAAGCAAGGACACGACAAGGCCCCACUCACCAUAGCACUUAAGUAUCUUUUAAUUUUAUCUCUUUUCUUAUUUUCCUUGUGCAUACUAACAUGUCUACCUCACGAAUAACAUAUGCCUUCAAGCACGUCCCUGUUAUCUGUUACAGACUGUUUACACGAUAUAGAUGCAAGACAAAACGCAACCCACACAACCUACGGCCACUUUGCACUUCAGCACCUGCUCCGCUCUCUUUCUCAGUGGGACUCUGGGAAUGCCAGUCAGCUGUGAACAAAGCUGACUUCAUUCCAGCCUUUGCCAUAGAGUCCACCCUCAGCAUCCUGGUACUGACAGAAACAUGGAUAUGUCCAAAGGAUACAGCAACACCAGCUGCUCUCUCCAAAAACGUUUCCUCCGCUCACACCCCUCGAGACACCGGUUGGGGUGGGGGAACAGGUUUGCUCAUUCAUAACAACUGGACUUUUUCACCACACUCUUCUCUAUGUAACAAUAUUACUUUUGAAUUCCAUGCUAUUACUACAAUGCAACCCACAAAAAUACAUGUUGUUGUCAUUUAUCACCCUCCAGGUCAGCUGGCAAACUUUCUCGAGGAGUUGGAAGUCCUGCUGUCCUCCUUCCCGGAGGAUGCUAAGCCACUUGUGGUUCUUGAUGAUUUCAACAUACACCAGGACAAGCCCCAGGCCUCAUUUGACUUGGAAAGACUAAGCACCACAGCAACUCACAGAUUGGGCAACCAGCUGGACCUCAUUUUUACACAUAACUGUACCAACUCAAAUAUUCUUGUUACUUCUUUACAUGUCUCUGAUCACUACUUUGUUCAAUUCAACAUGACUCUCCGAUCUACAUUAAAACAGACUCCACCUUUGGUUUCCUUUCGCCGUAACCUCCGUUCUCUUUCACCCUCUCGCCUUUCCACUGCAGUCUCUACCUCUCUUCCCACACAAAAUGUACUUUCCACCCUUGAUGUAAACACUGCCACAGACACACUAAGCUCUACUUUAACAACCUGUCUAGACAACAUCUGUCCUCUCUCCUCAAGGCCAGCACGUACUACACCACCCAGCCCCUGGCUCUCUGACAUCCUUCGUGAACAUCGGACUGACCUCAGGGCAGCUGAGAGGAGAUGGUGGAAAUCUAAAGAUCCAGCAGAUCUAAAUAAGCUGCUGGAUGACAAUCAGUCAGGCUUCAAAAGUGGACACUCCACCGAGACUGCCCUGCUGUCUGUCACUGAGUCUCUGAGACAGGCAAAAGCUGAAUCCAGAUCAUCCGUCCUGAUUAUACUGGACCUUUUUGCAGCCUUCGACACAGUCAACCAUCAGAUUUUACUCUCCACCCUCUCUUCACUGGGCAUCACAGGAACUGUGCUUGACUGGUUUAAUUCCUAUCUCUCAAGUAGGUCCUUGAAGGUAGCCUGGAGAGGUGAGGUGUCCAAGUCACAUCAGCUACUUACUGGGGUACCUCAGGGCUCAGUGCUUGGGCCGCUUCUCUUCUCUAUAUACACAACAUCACUGUGACCCAUCAUUCAGGCACAUGGAUUCUCUUACCACUGCCACGCUGAUGAUACGCAACUCUACUUGUCUUUCCAGCCCAACGACACCACAGUGACUGUUCUAAUCUCUGCCUGCCUGGCAGACAUCUUGGCCUGGAUGAAGGAACACCACCUGCAACUUAACCCAGCCAAGACCGAACUCCUUGUCUUUCCAGCCAACCCUGCUUUUGAACACAACAUCACCAUGCAGCUGGGUGCAACUAUAGUAACGCCUUCCAAAACAGUCAGAAAUCUAGGGGUAACCAUUGAUAACAAACAAAAUUUCACAGACCACAUCUCAAAGACCGCAAGAUCAUGUAGAUUUACACUCUACAAUAUCAGGAAGAUAAGACCCUUCCUCUCUGAACAUGCCACACAACUUCUUGUUCAGUCACUAGUCAUAACUAGACUGGAGUACUGUAAUGCCCUCAUUGCAGGCCUCCCUGCAUGUGCAAUUAGACCCCUGCAAAUGAUCCAGAAUGUCUUUUAUCAGUCAAAGAGAGCGCAUGUUACACCACUCCUUGUCUCUCUUCACUGGCUGCCGGUUGAUGCAUGCAUCAAGUUCAAGGCUCUGAUGCUGGCAUACAAAACAGUCACUGGGUCUGCUCCAGCAUACCUAAAAUCAUUUCUGCAGAGCUACACGCCCACUAGAAUCCUGCAGUCGGCUAAGGAACAUCGGCUUGUUGUACCAACACAAAGAGGCACCAAAACACUUUCCCGGACUUUUGGCUUCAUCAUACCACGUUGGUGGAAUGACCUUCCCAACUCCAUCCAUGAAGCUGACUCACUUUCUGUCUUCAAAAAACGGCUAAAAACACAUCUUUUCCAUGAGCACUUAACCAGUCACAAAAAAAAAAAAAAAAAAAAAAAAACUUUAAUGUUGCACUUUAAUCUGUUUUGAAUGCUAUUCUGAUGCUAGUGAAACUUUGUAAUAUGGCACUUUUCGUACCACUGUCUCCUUAAUAUGAUUUGCUUAUGUUUUCCUCUUUCGUAAGUCGCUUUGGAUAAAAGUGUCUGCCAAAUGAAUAAAUGUAAUUGUAAGUAAACCAAAAGGAAUCAGAUUAGAUUACCAAAAAAGUUUAAUUGAAAAAUGUGCUUUAAUAAUAAAAUUUGUAGUUAUGUAAUUUAUAAUCAGUACCAGAUUACAUUUCUGAAGUAAUCUACCCAACACUGGUAAAAGCUUUAAUUGCUUUAAUUUAAAUGUUAAUUGUCCCAGACAAAUACAGAUAAGUUUUGUUAUUAAAGGAAUAUUCCGGGUUCAAUAUUCCGGGAAGUUAAGCAGAAAUCGACAGUAUUUGUGGCAUAAUGUUAAUUACCACCUGUCCCUCCUUUAUAAAAAGCAAAAAACUGACAAUGGAAGUGAAUGGGGCCAAUCCGUAAAUGUUGAAAUACUCACUGUUUCAAAAGUAUUGCCACGAGACUUAAACAACAUGCAUGUUAAAAUGGUUUUUGUGUGAUAAAAUCACUUAAUAACCUUUCCUGUGCAAUGUUAUAUCCAGUUUUAUAACUGUUGCCGUGAUGACAUAAGUCUGUGUCAAAUAACUAGAAGUUAAUCUGCAUAAAACAAUAGUCCACCACAAAAACGAUGAUUUAAACGAUUUUACUGCUCAAAUAAUACAUGAGUUUUAACACAAGAAUCUUUUAUAAAAAUGUAAGCUUCACAUUACUGCCUUUUAAAUCCUUCAAAAAUUGGCCCCAUUCACUUCCAUUGUAAGUGCCUCACUGUAACCUUAAUUUUUGCUUUUUUUAAUGAAAAGGAGAGAUGAGUUGAAAUUAAUUUAUGUGUUGAUCAAUAUUAUGCCACAUAUGGUGACAAUUAAGCUUAUCUUGUACCCAGAAUAUUCUUUUAAGGUACAAUCGACAGCAUAAUCAGCUUAAUUUUAUAUAGAAAGGUGGCAUGUUUGAAAAGAAUGACAAUGCAGUGCUAAUUCAGUGCAUUUAGUGUCGGGGUUAAAUUAGGAACUAAGAUGCAGGUUAUAGUUAUGAUUAAUUAUUGUGGCGGGGGCAUCUUCAAAAAUCAUCAAAUAGAAACGUCAAGGAACCAUCGUUAACGGAGUCAUUAAGGAACAGAAUGGUUGAAUGGAAUUGUAAUGAGAAUUGUUAAAUUCUGUACAAUUCUGAUCCCCAAUCUCUAGUGGCUACCCUGAAGUCCUUUAUACUUCGGUAUAUGCAGGGCUGAAUAUGGGGUGCGAGGGACAGAGUCCAUGGAGUGAAG